AUGGCCGAGGUAGAAGCUGUUAUCCCUUCUCCACCGUCCGUGGCGUUAGACGCUACUCCCAACGAGAAGACGGCCAUCUUCCUUACUCCAGCGAUUAGUGCACUCUUAGCUACUAGCACGGAGCCUCCAGUUACGCUAGUUACAAGUAACGUAGCUGCUCCAGUUCUUACUGCACAAUCGAUCCCUCCAGAUCAGCUCCCCGCAGCCGAUGUCCUUAACGAAAUUGCUUCACAUGCCGACGACGAAGAGGAACUCAUCCUCAACGUCAACGGGACUGAUAUAUCCGAUGUCGCGUUGGUUUACAUGGGCAAAGAUGGCAAAGAGGCCUUUGUCCCGGUAGAGAAAAUUCCAGAAUUCCUUGCCGGUGCUGCUCUGCCCUCGGGGUUUGUUCUUAGCGGUAAACUCAAGAAACUCUUUGGUAUCAUACCAGGAACCAGACUUUAUAUCAAUUACGGCACGGCAGUCUCCCAUAUUACUUGGGUUGAAGAAUAUGUCAAGGUUGCGGAGUCUGUGAGCUUGGGAAAGCUUAUCCCGUCUCUGGCAGAUAACGAGGACCUCAAUGCCAUCCAGCUCGAGAACGUCAAUCUUAGUUACGUUAGCGGUCUGACUUCUAUAACGACUCCAGGAGUCUGGCUUGAUACCGAUGUCGUUUUCAGUGGCCCUCUACAGCCGGUCAGCGACAUCCUUAGGGAUGUUUUCGGACAAACUAGACCUGCCCUGCACAUGAAAGCUCUUGUCUCUAAUACAGUAAAUUGGGGCAAGGUUCCACGCCCUCAAGGGCUGGAUGUCUGGGGUAUGCUUGAGAAUGUCUCUAUUAGGAUUGGAAGUCUUGAAAUUGCUACUCUCGGAGUAGAGAUUAGAGCAAAUAAAGAAUUGGUGCAUACUCCUACGAUGAAGGAGGUUUGGAAGUUCGGUUGGGGAUUCAUGGGUACUGCCUUUAUGUAUCUCCCUGGUAGCGUCACCCCGUUAGAAAUGUCAGUUGUCGUUCGACAGUCUAGUGGGUUCAUCAACUUUGCCCUUGAUGUCGUUGGGGACCUUCCCUGGGAAGAUGCGUUAGGUAUCAGGGACUUUGAUAUCCGAAAUGUCGAGAUGCAUGCCCGGAUUCCUACCACGAAUCCUAACACAAAGAAUAUUGCUUUUGGAAUUACGGCUGUUAUGAACUUCGGCGACACCGAUUUUUAUAUUUCUGGAACACACGGCCCUGCUGAAACGAAACUUACUGCAUGGUUAAGAGGCUUCACUCUCAACGAUCUUAUCCAUGCAGUAGAAAAGUUGUUUAAGGUUGAUUUAGAAGAGCCAGACUUCGAAGUUGUAUUCGAGGAUCUUCAGUUCGAAUUAUCCAGUGUUACUGGUAUAGUUCUAGCCGGUACCGUCGUAGUUGAUGGCUACACAUCUACGACAGCUAGAAUUGCUAUUGGGAAAGCUGGCAUCUCCAUUUUCGGUGCUAUCAACAACGUCAAAAUUGGAGAAGUCACUCUCACCCAAGCGGCUAUCAAUAUCACUAUUCCACUCUCGGCUUCGAAGUCUGCUUCUCCAAAUGCUGUCGUUCGUCCGCUCCCUGCUAGUUUCUCUAUUAGUGGGUCUGUCACAUUCAGUGGUUUGGAGAUAUCUGCUGGCUUGUUCUUUAGCAAAUCUGCUGCAGGUUCCACUCCUGGAGCCGCAAAUACUUCCGAGAAGGCCUGGAUUGUAUACGGAGAAUUCAAGGACAAGAAUGGGCUUAAGGCAAGCAAACUUAUGCCAGCACUUGAGGGAUCUUUCCUCAACUUUAGCCUCAGAAAUAUCGCCUUCAUGGCUAGCAGUGCUAACGCCAUUGCACCACCUGGCUUCCUCAACUCAUACAAUUAUGCUGUCACAAAGGGAGUUCAGCUCCUCGCCGCCUUUGACAGUAUCGACGAAAUCGAUAGCUUGACUCGUUCCCGUAAUCCAGCACUAACCCUAAAGGCAUAUUACAGUAGCGGCAUGCUUGGAUUGGAUAUCAUCAUGCCAAACGACAAUGCGGUGAUGGUUAUGAAGAAUUCUAACCUUCGCCCAACGCCAUUCACCCUUGGUAUCAGAGUCACCGAUAAUGGCCCAACCCUCGCCCUCAAGUCUGGCUUCGAUCUCAUCGUUCCAAACCAGGUCGACCCUCUUCGUUUUGCCUUUGGUCUCAAUGCCGAUAUGAUUGGUGCUAAUGGCUACGGUGAGAUGUUGGGCUACUGGAAAAAUCCACUUGGUAUCAGCGAUCAGCUCGAGAUCGGGGACCUUGCCCUCCAAAUGGGCAUCAUAUAUGCCGUUUUCUUCUCCACCGGAACUCCAAGCAGUCUUGCAAUCACUGGAGGAAUCAAACUUGGCAAGACACAAGCUUCCGUUGCGCUCGCUAUCAGCGAGAACCCAGGUGAUCUUCUCAUCAGUGGUAGCGUAAAGAACCUUGCUAUCGAUGAUAUUGUAGACUUCGCUCGUAAGGUCACAAAGCUGAAUCUGCCAGACCCAGAUUCGGACUUCUUGACUUUCGAAGAGAUGUCUAUGUACAUGUCAUCUGGUGUCACCAUCGGAACAAGAUACUUCCCACCAGGAUUCUCUGCCAGCGGAUCUAUCCUGGCUUUCGGAAAGAGAGCCUCGAUGGCUUGCACAAUGGGCCAAACAGGUGUAGCAAUCAAGGGUGCUUUGGACGCUUUCGAACUCGGCCCACUCUCUGUUCGUGGUCGACGAGGGCAGAACCUUGUUCUUGAUAUCGAGAUGACUGCAACUACUCAUAAAGUCUUCUUCGACGGUGAAGCUAAACUUGGACCGCUCCUCGCGGCUCUCUACUUAAACGCCGUCCAGCAAGGCAAAGGAGAAAUGAUGCUUGAAUUCGAUGCUGAAAUGGCCUUCACAGACCUCUUCAAGAUGACAGCUAAAGGUAAAGCCCGCAAUAAGAUUAAGGGAGCUGCCGCAAAGAGUGGCCUUGGUGGUGUUGAAUUCGAUGUCGAAGCCAGAAUGCAACAAGAAAUUGUCAACUACGUUAUGGCACAAGUCAAUGCUCAAUUCCUCGCCGCACAAUACGCUGCUACCCAAAGUUUUAACGAAGCAAGGGCAUCAUUGGAUCGUGCUGAAAAGGCAUUCGCAGAAGGUGUUAGAGUAGCAGAGGGUGAACUCGCAAAGGCACAGAAGGCUUGGCAGGCGAAGUCCGAUAGUGUUAACAAGUCCUUUAACGACGCAAAGACCUCGCAAACUAACCGUGUGAAUCAAUUGAAGGAGGACGUCAGAAGGGCAAAGGGAGAAUAUGAUGCCGCUGUUGAUAGGGCAACUAGAAAGCUCGAACAAACACAAAUCACAGCCGCUUCCGAAAUUGGAAAGGCUAGAGGAACACUUGAACAGACGAAGGGAAAUGUCGACAGAGAGAUCAGCUCAAAGCAACAGAUAUUAAUUAAUGCUGAACAAGACAUGGACCGCAGGUUUGGUAAUGCUACCAAAGACAUUGAGAAGGCUCAAAAUGAUGUCAAUAACAAACUUAGGGAGCUCAAUGACGUGCAACGAAGGAUGAGCGAUAAGCAGCGCCAAAUUGACCGGGCGAAUGUCUUCAACAAAAUUAAGCUUGGGUUCGAAAUGACCCCAAUCGCUGCCGAAUACGCAGCCAAGAAAGCCGCCUUCGAAGCUGCCAACUUAAUUCUCAGUGGCGCAAAGGCCAUUGUCACAGGGCCCGGCUACAAACUCGCCGAAGGUUCAAUGUUCGCUGCCAGAGGUUCCCUCGAAGCUGCCAAGAUUGCUGGCAAAACUGCUAUCGAUGCUGCUAGCUCAACCCUUCAGGGUGUCAUCAUCGCUCAGAAUGGCCUUAUCGAUGGCGCUCAACAAGGUCUUCAAUUUACCAAGACUGCCGGAAAUGAGCUAAAGAUUUGGAGGCUUGCGGAGGAGGCUUUGGACAGAUAUCUCAAGGAAUCUACUGAGUUACUCUCCGGUCUACAAAGAGGUGUUGACGGACUUCUGCAAACCGCUGAAUACAUCGCAUUUACAACCGCUCAGAAGGCCUUGCAAAUCGCCAAGGAGAACAUCGGUGAUAUGGAUCUCCUAAGAAAGGGCGUUGACGCUGUUGAGAAGGGUUCUAAGACUGGCCUUCGAAUUGCACAAUGGGCAGCCAAAGCUCUCGGUAAUCUAUUCGAUAUCGAGACUAUUAUCAUGACUGCACAGUUGGGCGCUCUCCACAAGGAUGGUAGAUUUACCGCCAGAAUUAUGGGUGAUGUUGCGAAUAAGAGGGUGGACUUUACCACUGAGUUUACACUUGGUGAUGCAAAGAAGUUUAUGGAGGGUAUCUUCAAGAAGUUGUGGAAUGAGAUUGAGACAGGAAUCCUUUCCAUUGAUUUGUAA